AUGGCGACGGGGGGGUGCUGGUGGGACCGGAAGCUCAGUCGUGCAGAUUGGCACAACUUUGGACUCGUUGUGAAACGAACUGGAACCCGCCUCCCACGUACCAGAGGUCUCAAAGGCUCCACCUGCGGCAUUGACCGCUACGGCAACUCCCAGUACGGCCCGCUCGGUUAUUUCAACAUGAACCACAACCAUAAGCCAAUGCUCGAAAGGCACGACCAGCGACCGCGGCUCGCCCCGACUGAGCGCUCAAUGUGGGUGAACCGCGAUGCUGACAUAAGCGCGCUUGGAUUGCCACGUUCCGGCUACGACAGGCGCUAUCAGGCGCCAUCCUCACAUAAAUCCUCACCACCGCGAGCUCCCGCUUCAGACCAAGACAGGGAGGAAGACUCCGAUUGGUGUAGGAAGCCCUGUAUCAGACUCGACUACGAUGUGGACAUGCAGGCAUUCCGAUGCAUUCUCUACGUGUGGACAGCACCGGACGUCAAGUUCGGAACAUCGCAGACGCGCCAGGAGAGGACACCAAGUGCAAGCUUGGUGGGAGCCUCGCCAAAGGCAGAUGGCGCCGCGAAUCUAGGUCAGAGCAUAUUCAGCGGCAGUGUUCAACAGGUGCUGGAAGAGUUGGCGAAUGUGAAGAUGAAUUCGACGCAGGAGCCUGCAAUGAUGUCCAAAGACCUGCUUGGCCUCUCUGACUUCAUUGCAGGGCCAGAGAGAGCAGUCCUUCCAACCUUGUACAUACAGAAGGUUACCACGGAGCAGGCUGCGGGGCAGCAGGAGCAGAGGUUCGAGGCGCCUUCCAGUGUCUUUGAUUGGGGAUCCCUGGACCAACACAGGAUGGUCCGAUUCCCGACUCUUUUGGCCGGCGGUGCAGCAGGCUCUACUGCUCCCACAGCACUGGGUGCGGACCUCGGGCAUAGCAGCUUUGCUCAGCUCUCUGAGUCCUUUACGAAGCGUUUGGAAAUCAACAAGUUUGAGUGCUUACGGGAAAACUGUCUUGAGAUCUGGUGUCCAGCUGUUUGGGCACAGUGA